AUGGCCACCACUCUUGAGGAAUUCUCCGCCAAGCUUGACCGCCUGGAUGCUGAGUUCGCGAAGAAGAUGGAGGAACAGAACAAGAAGUUCUUCGCGGACAAGCCCGACGAGAGCACGCUGUCCCCUGAAAUGAAGGAGCACUAUGAAAAGUUUGAAAAAAUGAUUCAGGAGCACACCGAUAAAUUCAACAAAAAGAUGCACGAGCACUCUGAGCACUUCAAGGCCAAAUUUGCUGAGUUGCUUGAGCAGCAGAAGAACGCCCAGUUCCCAGGAAAGUAA